AUGUUGCGCUGCCCGGCGCGUCCUUUCGUUCCGCUCGCGUCUGCGCAGUCCCUGCUGCUCCCUGCUGCGCUGAGGCUCUUCGCCUCCCAGCGACUUGCGGGUGACGCGACUGCGGACGACAUCCAGGCCGCGCGACGCUGGCUCGAGAAGCUCGACCCCGACACCAUCCCCAAGGCCAUCUGUGACCUUUCUUUCAGCAGGUCUUCGGGACCAGGCGGUCAAAACGUCAACAAGGUCAACUCCAAGGCCACGCUGAAGCUGGAAGUCAACAAGCUGCUAGCCCACGUCCCCAGCCUCCUCCAUUUUCCAAUUCGCAGCUCGCGCUACUAUGCGCCUCGUUCCAAUUCUAUCAUCAUACAAGCCGAUGAUAGCAGGAAGCAGAACGACAACACCCACAGCUGUUUUGCUAAGCUCCACAACCUCAUAGUUGAGGCAGGCAGGGAGGCCCUGCCGGGGCAAACUUCGCCGGAGCAGUCUCGGCGCGUUAAGAAUCUGCAGAAAUCAGAGAAUGAGCAUAGGCUAAAGGCUAAAAAGAUGCACAGCAGUAAGAAAAGCACGCGGCGUGCAAGUGGGAAUAGUGAUUAG